AUGCCUUCUGAUUCAAAAUCCUGCGGCGGGGCGUCUUCGGACAAGAAGGAUGGCUCUUCUUCAGGCUCUGGCUCUGGCUCCGGUUCUGGUUCUUCCAACACCUGCUCUGCUCGGACCUGGUCCUCCGAAGACUAUGACCGCUUGGCCACCGCUGUGACUGCAGCGGUCAAAGCAGAGUACGGGACUUAUGGUGGCACGACUCGUGACGCCAGCGGAAAUGAAUCCUCCAAAACAGACGUGAAGUGGCAGUGGCAGGCUACUACUGAUCUCGACGACAAUAAAGACGUCUGGCGAAAAGCAGCCAAACCGACAAGGUAA